UCUUCUUUUAGAAAAAUUAAUGGACAUUGAGUUAAGUGCGGGAUGCGAGCUAAGAAUAGAAAUACCCCCAAAUACAAAAGCAAAAUUUGUUCUGUCAGAAAACACAGCAGAAAUAUCUGGCCAAGAACUUUUACUGGGGAAGUGGUACACGGUGAAGGAGGAACAGUUUGUUAUUUUUACAUGCACUGGGUGUAGAAUUAAACUAGCGGCAAAUGAUGCAUUUUAUUAUAUAUCACAGGAGACAAACAUUCCAUAUAUUUUUAAUGUGUUCCAUAAUCUGUACAACAUGCAUAAAAAGAAAGUACUGGUCAUAGGAGAGGGGAGAUCCACUUGCGCGAACAUUCUUACGAACUACUUUAUACGAAAGGGAGACAAGGUUCUUUAUACAGACUUAGAUGUAUACAAUGGAACACUUUUGUUCCCCGGGAAUGUUACAAGUGCAAUGGUUCAGGAGCCGUUCAGCCCAAUAGAAAGAGCCACAAUAACUGAGAAAUUGGCGUACUUUACAGGAUCUACGAGUGCAAAUGACAAUAUAGACUUAUACUGUCUUUUAACACAAGAGAUGCUUGCCUCGGGAAGGCAAAAGACAGCAGAGGCUGCCAUGAUAGUUGGGCACAAUGAAAUCACAAAGACUGAGGUAGAAGAGUUAUUUGAAACUUGUGGAGCUGAUUAUUUACUUGUAAUUGGAAAUGAGAAGUUUUAUACUCAAAUUUCAGUUGAGAAUAAAAUAUACAUUCCACGGUUCCCAGGCCUGGUAAAAAGAGGCACCGAGCAGAGAAGAAACCAGAUAGCAAAUCGAAUAAAGACGUAUUUCUAUGGAGAGCAGGACGAGUACAGCCCGUGCACAAUUACUAUAAAGCUAACAGAGAAUGACACUGUACAGGAAAAUGAGUAUCGAGUUGUGCAGGUUGGAGAUGAGCACAUGGCUCCAAUGUCUGCGCUUCCUUUGGGAUCGUCAAAGAGAAAGGUAUCCACUGCUGUACUAGACUGCACUCCCAUAGAGGGGUCAAUUCUAGCUAUUUCUUCAGCUGAGAGCAUAGAGGAUGUUCCUUCCUCUCCUAUUAUAGGAUACUUAGCUAUUCUAGAAAUAGUCACAGAAAAAGAGAUAAAAGUAUUGUGCCCCCAACCCAAGGCGCCAAACAAACCAUUUUUAAUACAGGGGAAGAUAAGAAUGAUGAACUAAUUAGUAUCUAAACGAGAGAAAAGCUUCCUUUUGAUGGCUACUUUCUAUUACUGAAAUACUGCGCGGAUUAACCCGAAUUAACCCGG